CAUUAGUAUGCUGUGGGUUGCGCAAACGGAGAGUAGGAGUGGCUUCGUUAGUAAAUGUUGACCAUCUAAAACUUGUGAUCAGAACUGGUUUCUUUUUAGCAACGAUGCUCGCCUUAAAAUAUUUAGGCUUUAUUUGCUUUUGGGCAAGUUUUUCCGAAACGCAUUUGGCGAGCCAUCUUUCUCAAACGCAGACGGUUGUAAGAAAGAAGCUCAAAUUACGCAGUACUACAUGGUCCAAUUGCGGCUCCGACACGGACAGCGUCCUAAUACAGAGUCUUGACGUCGCGCCAGACUUUAUUCACAUUCCUGGAAACAUCACCGUCAGUGCCCAGGUGUCUGUAAACUCAAACAUCCUCUCACCAGUCAAGGUGGACGUUGUUGCCAAGAGAAAAACCAUUCUCGGCUGGAUCGAGAUUCCAUGUUGGCAACAAGAAUUCGGCUCCUGCAAAUUCGAGGACGCCUGCACCCUCAGCCCCUAUGCUUCAGCCUGUCCGAAAUUUUUCGCUGACCACAACAUUCCCUGCCACUGCCCGAUCUUAAAGGGCGCGUAUGGGGUUAGUAAUGUGACGAUGAUGGUCGAUCUGGCUGUGCCCGACUGGCUGGAAAAGGGAUUUUACAAAGCUCAGGUUAAAGUUUCGCAGGAAGAUCAACAACUGGCUUGUUACGAGUUCCAAUCUCACUUUGCGUGAGACCUUUAUUUUUAAACAUGUUACCGCAUAACAAAUACAUUAUAUUUUUAUAUACUUUAAAUUUACUGCCGGAAACAGAAGGGUGACUAAGAGGCAGCUUUUGGCACAAAAGGAAAGAAAUUAUAUGUGUUCCAAGUCCAAAGUGUGAAAUUUACGAAUGUAGGUCUAGCUUUGUAACAAAUAAAGCACUGUCAUCCAAGAAGUGCAGCUUUUUAAAAACUUGUUUUGUUGAACACACAUUAUAUGUAUCAUAUGAAAAUUAUUUAGAAGCAUUUUUAUACAUACUAAAAGACACCCUAAUUAAGUAUUGAUUGCAUAUAAUAUUGCAUUAUGCAAAAGGAAGUGUAAAUUGAGUAAUUUCUGGAUUACAAGGUCAAUACUUUUAGUAAAAUAUCUUUCAAUUUGACUUACCUUAACGUGACGUUCGUCGCAAAUAAAAAUGGCCCUUUUCAAUUCAUGCACAUACAAAUCACAAACUUCACUCAUUCAUCUGCAGCAAGUUGUUGAUGGUUGCCUCCUUGUUGCCUCUGUUUGCUU